CCAGGAAAGGAACGGAAUUUAUUUUGUAAAUUCGUAAAAAAGCUAGCACGUAUUAUAGUUUCUGCAAUGCGUUUGUUUAUUAUGAGUUAAUGUGUGUUUUAAAGGUGCUCUAUUAUAUAAAAUUAAUUUGUGCGUACAAAACAUCGUAAAUGAUCUAAAAAUUCAGGAUUCUUACGUUAAACCAAGGCCAUUCCAAUUUCCAGAUUAAAAUAAUAAUCUUUAUUAGGCUUCCUAGCUCCUACACGGGAUGUAAACUCUCUGGAGUGCCAUAACAAUACCUAAAGGUGUUAAAUAUUAAUCAAAAUGGACUCAGGCACAGACUGGCUCUGUGACAUUCUCCAAAAUGUUCAGCUAGAACAAUUUUACUUGCCAAUUCGUGACCAGCUUCAGAUAACAAGGUUGGCUCAUUUCGACUAUGUGCAUGCGGAGGAUCUAGAGAGAAUUGGCAUCAGUAAGCCUGGUGUGCGCAGGCUGCUAGAUGCCGUCAGAAAGAAGAAGCUGCAGCAAUGGAACCGAAAGUUUUGGAACAAACUGUUCGGUUCAUCAUCGUCAAUAUCCAGAGAGAAGACUGAUUUAUCAUUGAGGCCACAAACACAGACUGAACCUAGGACCACUUGUAUUAUACUAGAGAAGGAUAUUGUGCUGCAUAAUGAGUUAGGUAAUGGAUCCUUUGGUGUAGUAAAAAGGGGAGAAUGGAAGGUGUCGGAUCAAACAAACCAAACCGUUCCAGUCGCUGUAAAAGUAUUAAAAGCUGAUGCAUUUUCCCAGCCAGGAAUCUAUGAUGAUUUCCGACGAGAAGUAGAGGCUAUGCAUAGUCUGAAACAUCAGAAUUUAAUAAAGCUACAUGGUGUCGUUUUUCAUCCUCUCAUGAUGGUUUGCGAGCUUGCUCGUAUGGGUGCAUUGCUAGAUUACAUAAGAGCACAAGACGGAAAAGUGUCAUUGAAUUAUAUUGCAAAAUGGUCUGAACAAGUGGCCUCUGGGAUGGGAUACUUGGAGAAGAAUAGAUUUCUACACAGAGAUUUGGCCUGUCGAAACAUAUUGUUGUCUACAUUAGACUUGGUAAAAAUCGGUGACUUUGGGUUAAUGCGAGCGUUGCCCGACGCUGACGAUUGCUACGUAAUGAGUGAGCGUCGUCGUGUGCCAUUUCCCUGGUGUGCACCGGAGUCACUGAGGUCCAGGCAGUUCUCUCACGCAUCUGAUGUCUGGAUGUUCGCGGUCGCUCUGUGGGAGAUGUACACGUUUGGGGAGGAACCAUGGAUGGGUUUGAACGGAUCAGAAAUCCUUCGGAUGAUCAUGAGGGAGGGUCAGCGACUCUCCUGGCCGAGUGCCUGUCCCCCAGACGUGUACAUGCUGAUGAUGCAGUGCUGGGACCUCAACCCCAAGGAGCGGCCAACCUUCUCCGGCAUACAACGAUACCUAGAGACAAAUAAGUUCGAAACUGCUAUCGCUAGUCUUAGUUAUAGGAAACAGGGGCAAAUGACAAUAGAAGCGGGCGACGCUAUAAUUCUAAUAGACAAGAGGCCAGAGUUGCAUUGGUGGAAAGGACAAAACCAAAGGAGCUUAGAAGUCGGACUUUUCCCUUGCACCCUAGUAUCAACAUCGAAGCCUAAAAAUAAUCAGACCCGAAAACCAGCGACCGUGUCGCCGAGCCGCAGAGAUUCAACUCCCAACGGAAUUACCGACGAGAUACAACUCCGUAAGCGACGCACUAUCGAAUCAACGCAACCGUCGUCAACGCGUGCUGGCAACAACGCCAGCAAACACUUCAACUACAACAAACUCAUCAACGACAGAGCGUCGCUACAACAGGAACUAAGAAACACCAAUACCCCACUACGACAGGAAAACGUUUCGAGAAGCGUUCGAGAUACGUAUUCGAAGAGUAUGAGCCAAGUGCGCGAAGACCUGUUAAUCGAUCUGGAUCUGCCGCCAAUGCCAAACUUCUACUGGUCGCCGACCAAGUCCACGGAUCCCAAUGUUCACUCGAUACUGGAUGAGCCCAUCGAUGUGCCUGAAUUAGAACAAGACACCGUGAUUAUGGACUGGGGACAGCAAAGCAUCGAGAGUCUUCCCACCACCAGUUCUGAGGCACAAAACGCGCACAACUCACAGAUAUACGGAGCCAAGUCCUUGGACAACCUGAACACAUCUAGUCAAGACCCUUUCGACACCAGCGGGCUAUGGCCAAAAGACCAAAGACCGAACUACGAUUUCGACGACCAAAUCAAACAGGCCAUCGAAGAGUCCCUAAAAUAUUCAAAUCCUUCCACCAGUACCGACACACAAGUUUACAAUAAUAGUGUGAGUAACACGAGUACCCCACAGGAGUUCACACCGAACAAUUCUCAGUACUCGAAUACGAAUGACUUGAACGUGAAAUCGUUCGCACAAAUGUCAUUAGACGAUAGAAUAUCCGAAUCUCUGAAUCUCAGAUCUAAGAAUACUAAUAGCGAUAAUGUUUAUGGUAAUAAUGUGAGCGCUAGUAACUAUGGAAGCCAAAAGGCCGCUAGCACAAGUCAAGAUUACAACGAGUUCCCGAUUUACAGCAAUUUUGAUAUGAAUCCAGCGCAGCAGCAGCUUAUAUUAGAGACUAAAGACUACUAUACCAAGUCAUCCACGACUAACCAAAGCAACAACUACGAGAAAAACAUUUACACGCCAAAAUACGAAGGAGAUAAGCUCAGGAAUUUCGAGUGUCUAGAAAAUUCCAAGAACUAUUCUGCUUUGAAGUAUCAAAAUGUAAAUUUUUAUUCAAAUUACGCGACAACUAGUGCUAUGUAUGAUGAAGUUCAUGAUACGGCGAGCAUCGCUAGCAAUAUAUACAGCGAAAUCGGCGAGGGGCCAAGUAGCUCGCAAGGGCCAACUUACUCUCAGAGGCCAAGUCACACUCAUGGGCCAAGUCACUCUCAGGGGCCAAUUUACUCUCAAGGUCAAAAUCGAUACGAAGCUGCCGGUAGGUAUGAGGCCCCUAGUCAAUCGCAGGGGCCCAGCCGAUACGAGGCACCCGGUCAGGGCCCCCGAUACGAGGCCACUGCGACUCGUCUGUACGACGAAGUAUACGAGUCGACGCCCCGCCCACACAGGCCGGCCCCACCCUGCCCCUCGAAGCCUAAAUGAGGAUAAAAUACCCCUGAAUUUUAUGUUUGCUAUCCGUUAGAGUAUAAUACAAGAUUAUACGUAAAUCUAAAUGUUAUCGAUAUAUAUUUAAACUCCGUAUUAAUCUUUGAUGGUGUAAUGUUUUAAAGAUUAUAGAAAUAUUGUAAAUAGAGGCCAAAUUUAUGUGAAAUUGUAUUACUUGGUGUGAUAUAAUUAUUGGUGUGUUCGACCGCAAGUUAAUCUUAUAUAAGAGAUUUCAAAAUAAUAUAUUUUUAGCUUUUAAAUGUUAAAAGUAUACGGAUACAGGAUACUACAUAUUUCUCUUUCGGUCGAAUGCAGUAUAAUUAAAGCUGGCUGCUUAAAAUUGCCGUUAGACCAAUCAUGGUUAAUGUGUUAUAAAACUACUGUACCUUAUAACGAGACAGCUAAUUUAAAUAAUAGAAACUCAUGUAGAAUUGAUAUUAAAGUGUUACUCAAUAGAUAAGUUAUUAAAAACAAAUACUUUGUCACUCGCACAGCAGUUAUUUUAAGUUAGUGUAGACUGUAGAGUAUCAGAUUUCUUACAUAGGUGCUUUAAUCUUCUUUAAUGUAUCGAUAUAUUUUUUUACUGACUAUAAUAUUAAUGUCAACAAGGCUAGUCUUAUCGCUUGCCUCAAAAGAUUCUAGAAAAGGAUACAUGGAUGGAAUUAAAAGGUUUAUUUAAGUAAUUCUACAAUUAUUAUGUAGAUUUUAAAGAAACUCAUUUACAGAGUAACUUCUU